GACAAUUUGACAUUUCAAUUUUCAUCUUGCCUUUUGCCGGAAAGUGAAAUUGAUAAAGUUCUUUAUGUUAUUUACAAUUCUUAUAUAUUAUCCAUUUGUAUCUUUAUAUUAUGUAUAUCCUUUAGUGUAGUGACUGUGAGUUUGAAUUUAAACUAUGGAAGACACAAAGAAAGGCGCCCAAACGCCGACUGUAGAGGAAUUAAAGACGAAAGGCAACGAGUGUGUCAAGAACGAGAAAUUUAUUGAAGCCGUGCUUCAUUAUACCCAAGCCAUAAAAUUGGACCCAUGCAAUUACGUAUUGUACAGUAACAGAUCGUUUGCAUUUUUAAAAUUGGACCAACAUUACUUAUCACUUCAAGAUGCAAAUGAAACUGUUAGGUUGCAACCAAUGUGGGCUAAGGGUUACUUCCGCCGUGCAGAGGUUGAGGCAGCCAGUGGAUUACAUGACGAAGCAAUCAUAUCAUACACAAGAGCUCUGCAACUGGAUCCACAGAAUACCAAACUGAUGGAGUGUAUUAAAAGCAUUAGUGACAUGCAGAAAAAGAGGACAAAAGAUAAUCAUAACAUAAUAUGGAUUUGUACUUGUGUGGGACUAAUUAUAGGAAUUGCUGUAGUGGUAUUGGACUACUCUUUGACAGCUAAUCCUACUUUAACACAUCCGUUUAGUAUGGUAGCAUUUUCAAUAGCACUGGCUGCAUUGGGGUGGUCCAUUGGCAAGGGGGCAACACUGAUGAACACGUGGAGUGCAGGCAAAUCCUUACAGCCCCCAGAAGAUUUAGAUGUGAAUCAUGAAUCCAAAGAAAAAGACACUGUGCCAGAGAAAAAAGCGAAAUACAGCAAAGCCCAAGCAAGACAGAGGUAUAAACAGGGGAAACUAUAGCUAUGAGAAUUUUUGUUUUGUCGUCAAAUGUUUGCUUAUAGAAAUCUAAGCUUAUAACCUGGUUAUGGUAAGGCGGGUGUUUGUAGAAUGUAGGGAUAUCUAAGUGAUGUGUUCAAAUGAGUGGAUGAAAACAUUCUUAGGAAACAAAAGACAUUUCAAUUGGUGAUAAUGACAAAGACAUGAUUUAAAAAUGUACCUCAAAUCUUCUUGAAAAUUUAUUCCAAACCCUGUUACUUUUGUACUUAAAAUACGAGUUCUUUCGAAUAUUUAAAGUUUACACAUUAUUCCUUUAGAAAUAAAAAAUAACAUUAAUUA